AUGGAGGAAACCGGCGCCGCCGCCACUGCUUGGGCAUCUAAUGCCGCCACGCCCGCCCCAUCCGAGCCCACAGGAUCCUCUGCUGAUGCCGAAGCCUCCGCUGAUCCUACCGCCGUCGGUGACGAUGAGCACGACUCCAAGGAGGUCGUCCUGCUCAGGUACUUCCUCCAGGAGUGGGAGUUGGUCUCCGCGAUCCUCCGCCGCAUCGUCGCCGGCGGCGGCGUUGCCCAAUCCGCCGAUGUCCACAGGAUCCGCUCUAUCAUGGACAAAUAUCAAGAAGAGGGUCAACUACUAGAGCCAUACCUGGAGAACAUUGUCUCACCACUUAUGUCAUUGGUUCGGUCAAAGACAAUGGAACUUGGUGCUGGUACUGAUGAACUCCUUGACAUUAUCAAGCCUCUGUGUAUCAUCAUCUACACCCUUGUCACAGUGUGUGGGUACAAGAGUGUCAUCAGAUUCUUCCCUCACCAGGUUUCAGACCUUGAGCUCGCAGUUGCUCUCCUUGAGAAGUGUCAUACAAUGAGUUCGGCCACUGCUCUUAGGCAAGAGAGCACAGGAGAAAUGGAGACUAAAUGUGUUGUUCUAUUGUGGCUUUAUAUACUGGUCCUGAUCCCAUUUGACAUAUCCACUGUGGAUACAAGCAUUGCUACUGCUGAUAACGUGGAUGGGCCUGAGGUCGUUCCACUGGUGACAAGAAUAUUGGACAUCUGUAAGGAUUAUCUCUCCAGUUCUGGUCCAAUGAGAAGGAUGUCAGGAUUAUUGCUUGCAAGGCUCUUGACUCGUCCUGACAUGGUGAAGGCUUUCAGCAGUUUUAUGGACUGGGCACACAAGAUGUUAUUGUCUGUAACAGAUGACUUUGUCGAUCAAUUUAGAUCCAUUGGUAUAGUGGAAGCUUUAGCAUCAAUAUUUAAGAUUGGUAACCGUAGAGCGCUACAUGAUGCUGUUUCUGGUACUUGGAGUGAUUGUUCAAUUGUGAUGAAGACUAAUGUCUCAGCCAGGAGUCCACUUCUUAGAAAAUUCCUGGUCAAACUGGCCCAGAGAGUUGCUCUCAUUAGCUUGCCUCCACGUUCGCCAUCAUGGCGGUAUAAGUCAAUUAGCAGUUCGCUGGGUGCAAACCUUUCAAGUUAUACAGCUGGAGAAGUGUAUUCAAGUGGAUCAAGCGAACAAGUUAAUAUUGAUCAGAUAGGCAUGUGUUUUUUGGAAGAAGAUAUGGAUGUUCCAGAAAUAGUAGAAGAGAUUAUCGACUUGCUAUUGACUGGUUUGAGGGAUUCAGAUACAAUUGUAAGGUGGUCUGCUGCCAAAGGAAUUGGUAGGAUAACUGCACGUUUAACACCUGCAUUGUCGGAAGAAGUGCUAUCAUCAAUCUUGCAACUUUUUUCUCCUGGGGAGGGUGAUGGCUGCUGGCAUGGAGGCUGUUUAGCCUUGGCUGAACUUGCUCGGAGAGGGUUAUUGUUGCCUUCUAGCUUUCCUGAUGUUGUUCCUGUUAUAAUAAAGGCUUUACACUAUGAUGUACGAAGAGGUCCACAUAGCAUUGGGUCACAUGUAAGAGAUGCAGCAGCAUAUGUAUGUUGGGCAUUUGGUCGAGCUUAUACCAAUUAUGAUAUGAAGGCUGUCUUGGAACAACUUGCUCCCCACCUUCUAACAGUUGCUUGUUAUGAUCGAGAGGUUAAUUGUAGAAGAGCUGCUUCUGCUGCCUUUCAAGAGAAUGUUGGAAGACAGGGAACUUUUCCACAUGGCAUUGAUACUGUGAAUACGACAGAUUACUUUGCACUGGCUUCCCGAUCAAACUCUUAUCUGAAUGUUGCUGUUUCUGUUGCUCAGUACAAGGAGUAUCUUUAUCCCUUUGCAGAUGAGCUACUCUGCAAUAAAAUAACUCACUGGGAGAAAAGCUUAAGAGAGCUGGCAGCUCAGGCCCUUUCUUUGCUUGUACAAUAUGAUAUGGAUUACUUUGCUGGACAUGCCCUUGAAAAGUUAGUUCCGUGCACUCUAUCAUCGGACUUGUGUACUCGACAUGGAGCCACUUUAGCUGCUGGUGAGGUUGCUUUAAAGUUGUACCAGCUUGGUUUUACCUUUACUACAGACAUGCAGAAAGCUUUGGCAGGCAUUGUUCCUGCAAUCGAAAAAGCGCGCCUUUAUCGGGGCAAAGGAGGAGAGAUCAUGCGCUCCGCUGUUUCUCGAUUCAUUUCAUGCAUUUCUGUAGCUGGGAUAUCCUUGAAUGACAAGACAAAGAAAAGUUUGUUGGAAACCCUUAAUGAGAAUUUGAGGCAUCCCAAUUCUCAAAUACAGUGUGCUGCUGUUGAGGCAUUAAAGCAUUUUAUUCCAACAUACCUGGUAUCUUCUGGUGAAAAGAUUGCAAGUGAUAUUAUUUCAAAAUAUGUGGCACUUCUAGAUGACCCAAAUGUGGCUGCAAGACGAGGAGCGCCGCUGGCCCUUGGAAUAUUACCAUACAAAUUCUUGAUGUUGAAAUGGAUGACUGUCAUGAGUAAACUCUGUAGCUCAUGCACGAUUGAGGAUAAGCCCGAUGACCCUGAUGCUGAAGCGCGUGUGAACUCUGUUAGGGGGCUAAUUUCGGUUUGCAAAACACUAACAGCAUCUUUUGAUCAGAGCUCAAAUGGUGGAGAUUCUCUAUAUGCAUACAUAAAAGAUUAUGUCAUGCGAGCUUUAUUUAGAGCACUCGAUGAUUAUGCUGUGGACAACAGAGGAGAUGUCGGUUCUUGGGUACGUGAAGCAGCAAUGGAUGCACUAGAACGGUGCAGCUUCAUCCUCUGCAAGAGAGAUAUUGUUACAUUGAGAGCAGCAUCAGCCACUGGCCAUGAGUCUGAACUGGGUGAUAUGGAAGUAAAUGCAAGUAGUACUGCACACCGGCUAUUUGAUUCUGGUAUUGCACAGGAUCUGGUAGCAGGCAUUGCAAAACAAGCAGUUGAGAAAAUAGAUAAGAUGAGAGAAAUAGCUAUCAAGACCCUGCAGAGAAUUCUGUACCACCAGGAACACCUCAUCCCAUUUAUACCACACAGGGAACUGCUGGAAGAAAUUAUUCCCAACAGCACAGAUUUGGAGUGGGCGGUUCCUACUGUAUCAUAUCCACGAUUGGUGAAACUUCUUCAGGUCAGCUAUUAUAGCAAGUCUGUGCUCUCAGGGCUCGUGAUUUCUACAGGUGGAUUGCAGGAGUCUUUGAAGAAAGCUUCAACGACAGCUUUGGUAGGGUAUCUCCAAGAUUCAGAGAUCAAUACUAAUUGUGAAGGGAAAAGUAGAGAGUAUCUAUUGAGUUGUGAUCUUCUAUGGGUCCUCCAGCACUACCAGAAAUGUGAUCGUGUAAUUACUCCCACAUUGAAGACUAUUGAGGCUCUCUUCAGUAAAAAGAUUUUCUUGAACAAGGAGGGGUACAGUGAGUUCUACAGUGGACUGGUAGAUUCGGUGGGCUCUGAGCUGAAGGGAUCCAAGGAUUUCACAAAGUUAUGUGCAGGUCUCUCAAUCCUUGGAUACAUUUCUUCAGAGUCAGAUGGAACUUGCACUAAGGCAUUUUCUCAACUCCUCACAUUCCUAGGCCACAGAUACCCCAAGAUCCGAAAAGCUGCAGCCGACCAGGUGUACCUUGUGCUGCUGCAAAAUGAUGAUCUUAUUAUGUCGGGGAAUAUGGAUAAAGCCCAGGAAUUACUUGCGGAAACAUGCUGGGAAGGAGAUGUGGAGGAAGCAAGGCGCAGGAGGUCAGAAAUCAACGAGAUGGCUGGUUUCAGGGUCACCACCACACAGAAAUCUGGAAACCAAGAAACAAGAAGAACGGUUGCCACUUCGACUGAUGAGAACAAAUCUUAUUUGUCAUUGGUCGAUUUCAGCGGAUACUAA